AUGGCUUCGCACGUAAACGUUCUACUCUCGUCCUUCCCAGGACUUUCGCUCCCCUCAACUGUCUCCUUCGCACUCCCGGCUACGUCAACUAUAUCAGAUCUUUGCGAAAAGGUGUCAUCAUAUGUUCCUUCCUCUGUGCCGCUGCAGUCGCUUAUUCUCACGACAACCAAUAACAAACAACUCCUACCGUCAUCGCGCGCCGUUUCCGACCUCAUCUCACCAAAUGGCGACUCGAACAUUCUCCCCCUCCGCCUUAGCGUUCCUAUGUGCGGUGGAAAAGGUGGUUUUGGCUCCCAACUUCGUGCCGCCGGUGGGCGCAUGUCAAGCCGGCGCAAGCGCAACCAAGGCGACGACAACGGCUCUAGUCGUAAUCUCGAUGGUCGUCGUCUUCGCACAGUUAAUGAGGCCAAGGCCCUCGCGGAAUACCUCGCCGUGAAACCCGAGAUGGACAAGAAAGAGAAAGAGGAACGCCGAAAAAGAUGGGAGGCUGUCGUUGAGGCCGCGGAAAGGCGCCAAGAGGAACUCAAAAAUGGAGGUGGAAAGCAGAAGGUCGAUGGCCAGUGGAUGGAGGAUAAGGAUGAGAUGAACGAGAAAGCUAGAGAGGCGGUUCUUGCGGCUAUGAGGGAGGGUACCUGGACAGAUAAUUUGAAGGACGCUAUACUGGGCGGGUCAAGCACGAGUGCCAGUGAAGGAAGUGGGCAAGAGAGUGCUUCUGCGUCAGAAGACAGCGAGGAGGAGGCCGAGAUGAAAGAUGCGCCUGCGCAGUCUGGGCCGUCACAGGCUGCUGCACCGAGGAAAUACAUUGGUUUCGACGAGGACGAUGAAUUUAUGAGCGACUCGGAAGAGGAGGAGGCUACAAAUGAUGAUCCAAAAGGAAAAGGCAAGGCAAAGGCUUAG